CGUCGUACUCGUCGAUCACUCGUUCGCCCUCAGCAUCUCCUCCUCCCUCGUGUAUCCACCUCACACGCGUAAUCAUGCCUGAAGACGUUGUGCUCCCCAUCCCGAACUCUUCCCUCCCUCAGAACCUCUUUGUCCUCUCGCAGCCACACCUCUCGCACCUACACGAGAAUGCGAAGAAGGAGCUCCUCGCGGGCAUUCAGGCGGACCAGAUGGCACCGUAUUACCGUUCCGUGACCACCGCAUCCCCCUUGCCUCUUGAUCAGUCCCUCCUCGACUCUAUGGAAGCCGCGAACAAGGUCGAGCUGGAGAAGCUUGACCAGCGGCUGGAAGAAGCGGAGAAGACAGAAGGAGAGAGUGACAUUGCAGACGCGCUUCAGGCUCGAGCGAAUUUCCUCACCAGGAUCGGAGAGAAGGACAAAGCGGUUGAGGCGCAAAAGAAGGCAUUAGAGAAGACUGCCGGGAUGGGCUCGCGGAUAGACAUCGUCCUCACGCUCGUCCGCAUCGGUUUCUUCUUUGGCGACUUUGACAUGAUUCUCUCCCACCUCUCGGAAGCAGAAGAGUUGAUCGAGAAGGGCGGCGACUGGGACCGUCGGAACCGUUUCAAGGUCUACCGCGGCCUCCACCUUCUGAGCAUCCGGCAGUUCAAGCGAGGAGGCGAGCUUCUGCUCGACGCACUAUCGACAUUCACGGCGACGGAGCUCCUGAGCUACCAUGACUUCGCGACAUACACGAUCAUCUCGAACGUGCUCACGCUGACACGAGUGGACCUCAAGAAAAAGCUCAUCGAGGCGUCCGACAUCACACAAGUCCUCCCCGAGCUGCCCGUGCUCGCGGACCUAAUGAAGAACCUGUACGACUCGCACUACGACAAGUUCUUUGUCGCGCUCGCGACGCUCGAGCAGACGCUGCUCCUCCCCUCGCGCCUCCUCCACCCGCACACGCGCUUCUACGUGCGCGAGAUGCGCAUCCUUGCGUACAGCCAGCUCCUCGAGUCGUACCGCAGCCUCACACUCGAUAGCCUCGCGCGGAGCUUCGGUGUCAGCGUUGAUUUUGUUGAUAACGAGGUCUCCCGCUUCAUCGCAUCGGGCCGGCUACACUGCUCGAUUGACAAGGUGCACGGCGUCGUGGAGACAAACCGGCCGCCGCUCAAGGCCGCGCAGUACGAGACGGUGAUCCGGCAGGGCGACAUUCUCCUGAACGCGGUGCAGAGAUUGAGCAAGGUGUUGUAUUAGGCUGCACCGCGGGUCCUAGGGAUCUAAGGCGUCGCUGUAAUUAGGAUUAUAUUGGACUUGAAGCCUCCUGCUGUGAUGCGCGUGCUGUGGUUCUGAUUCUCUGGAGAGUCCGGCGUGUGAAUACGUGCGAAGUGCGUGAUGUGCGAGCGAGAGCGGUGCAAUGGAGGAUAA